GAGCAACAACAAAAAGGGGAAAGAGAAAACCAGAAGAAAAGAAACCCUAACAAAAAUUUCCGCCAUAAAAUCACAGCUUCCCCAUUUAAUCGCCGUGAAAUCUCCUGUAGCACAGCGUCGACAUGGUAGAAUAAUUGAAUUUAAUUCCUUUUUUCCCCAUUAUUUUUAAGAAAAAUAACAAGCCUUCAUUUCUUGAUCUCCGGCUCAAGUUACCCACGUCCCCCCUCUUUGUCUUGUAUAUUUCUGCGACAUCUGCUUGUUAAAAUUGGAGGCUGCGUUUUCUUUGUGUUCUUCUAAAUGGGUGCUCCUAAGCAGAAAUGGACACCUGAAGAAGAGGCAGCGUUAAAAGCUGGAGUCAUCAAACAUGGUGCCGGAAAAUGGCGAACGAUAUUGAAAGACCCGGAAUUCAGUAGUGUCCUGUAUCUGCGUUCCAACGUAGAUCUUAAGGAUAAAUGGAGAAAUAUGAGUGUGAUGGCCAAUGGAUGGGGCUAUCGAGACAAAGCUAGAUUAGCUGUGAAAAGGACAUCUAGCUUUAAUAAACAGGAGAAUGCUAUGGAACUCACUGCUGCUCCAAGUGAUGAAGAAAUCAUGGAUGCUAGACUCAUCACAGCUCCCAACACUACAUUGCAGAUUCCUCCUUCUACAAAGAGAUCCAUUGUCAAGUUAGAUAACCUCAUUAUGGAAGCGAUUACAAGCUUGAAGGAGACCGGCGGUUCAAAUAAGACAAAUAUUGCUGCAUAUAUAGAGGAGCAAUAUUGGGCACCUCCCGACUUUAAGAGGCUUUUGUCGGCAAAGUUGAAGUAUUUAACAGCUAGCGGUAGAUUGAUUAAGGUGAAACGCAGGUAUAGAAUUGCACCAGCUCUGUCAUUUUCAGACAGGAGGAAUCAUUCCAUGCUAUUUUCGGAGGCAAGGCAAAAGGUUUCUCCUCGAUUUGAUAGGGAUGACGUAAAUACCCUCACAAAAUCUCAGAUUGAUUUAGAGUUAGCUAGGAUGCGGAAUAUGACACCACAAGAAGCUGCCACAGCAGCUGCUCGAGCAGUUGCAGAAGCAGAAGCUGCUAUAGCAGAAGCUGAAGAAGCAGCAAGAGAGGCAGAGGUUGCUGAAGCUGAUGCAGAGGCAGCACAAGCUUUUGCUGAAGCAGCAACAAAAACUCUAAAAGGAAGAAACAAUCAGAAAGAGAUGGUUCAAUGAUUUGAUAAAAUGAGCAAUGAGGCGUUUGAAUGACUUUUUUUGUAGCAGUCACCUGUGAUCAACCCUAUUCGUAGCAGCAACCAGUGAUCAUCCUUAUUAUCUUCAGCCUCUCAG